GUAUGACAAAAGCUACAACUAAUGCAUCAGUGACAGAAGGUGCAACAGAAGCUAAAACCAAUACAUCAGUGACUGAAGGUGUGACAGAAACUACUACAACUAAUGCAUCGGUGACUGAAGGUAUGACAGAAGCUACAACCAAUGCAUCCGUGACUGGAGGUGUGACAGAAGCUACAACCAAUGGAUCAGUGACAGACAGUGUGACGCAGGCUACUUCUAAUCUAUCAGUGACUGAACUUGUGACAGAAACUAUAACUAAUGUAUCAGUAACUGAAAGUGUGACAGAAGGUACAACCAAUACAUCAGUGACAAAUGGUGUGACAGAAGCCACAAGUAAUGCAUCAGUAACUGAAGGUGUGGAAGAAGCUACAACCAAUGUAUCAGUAACUGCAGUUGUGACCGAAGCUACAAGUAAUGUAUCAGUGACUGAAGGUAUGACAGAAGCUACAACUAAUGCAUCAGUGACUGAGGGUGUGACAGAACCUACAAGUUAUACAUCCGUGACUGAAGGUGUGACAGAAGCUACAACAAAUGUAUCAGUAACUGCCGUUGUGACCGAAGCUACAAGUAAUAUAUCAGUGACUGAAGGCAUGACAGAAGCUACAACUAAUGCAUCAGUGACUAAGGGCGUGACAGAACCUACAAGUAAUACAUCCGUGACUGAAGGUGUGACAGAAGCUACAACCAAUGUAUCAGUAACUGCCGUUGUGACCGAAGCUACAAGUAAUGUAUCACUGACUGAAAGUAUGACAGAAGCUACAACUAAUACAUCAGUGACUGAAGGUGUGACAGAAGCUACAACUAAUUCAUCAGUAACUGGAGGUGUGAUAGAAGUUACAGCCAAUGUAUCCGUUACUGAAGGUGUGACAGAAGCUGCAACGAAUGCAACAGUGACUGAAGUUGUGACAGAAGCUUCCACUAAUGCAACAGUGACUGAAAGUGUGACAGAAUCUACAACUAAUGUAUCAGUGACUGAAAGUGUGACAGAAUUUACAACUAAUGUAUCAGUGACUGAAGGUGUAACAGAAGCUACAACUAAUGUAUCAGUGACUGAAAGUGUGACAGAAUCUACAACUAAUGUAUCAAUGACUGAAAGUGUGACAGAAUUUACAACUAAUGUAUCAGUGACUGAAGGUGUAACAGAAGCUACAACUAAUGUAUCAGUGACUGAAGGUGUAACAGAAGCUACAACCAAUGUAUCAGUGACUGAAGGGACUGAAGGUGUAACAGAAGCUACAACUAAUGUAUCAGUGACUGAAAGUGUGACAGAAUCUACAACUAAUGUAUCAGUGACUGAAGGUGUAACAGAAGCUACAACUAAUGUAUCAGUGACUGAAAGUGUGACAAAAUUUACAACUAAUGUAUCAGUGACUGAAGGUGUAACAGAAGCUACAACUAAUGUAUCAGUGACUGAAAGUGUGACAGAAUCUACAACUAAUGUAUCAAUGACUGAAAGUGUGACAGAAUUUACAACUAAUGUAUCAGUGACUGAAGGUGUAACAGAAGCUACAACUAAUGUAUCAGUGACUGAAGGUGUAACAGAAGCUACAACCAAUGUAUCAGUGACUGAAGGGACUGAAGGUGUAACAGAAGCUACAACUAAUGUAUCAGUGACUGAAAGUGUGACAGAAUCUACAACUAAUGUAUCAGUGACUGAAGGUGUAACAGAAGCUACAACUAAUGUAUCAGUGACUGAAGGUGUAACAGAAGCUAUAACUAAUGUAUCAGUGACUGAACGUGUGACAGAAUCUACAACUAAUGUUUCAGUGACUGAAGGUGUAACAGAAGCUACAACUAGUGUACCAAUGACUGAAGGUGUAACAGAAGUUACAACUAAUGUAUCAGUGACUGAAGGUGUUACAGAAGCUACAACGAAUGUAUCAGUGACUGAAGGUGUAACAGAAGCUACAACUAAUGUAUCAGUGACUGAAGGUGUAACAGAAGCUACAACUAAUGUAUCAGUGACUGAAGGUGUAACAGAAGUUACAACUAAUGUAUCAGUGACUGAAGGUGUUACAGAAGCUACAACGAAUGUAUCAGUGACUGAAGGUGUAACAGAAUCUACAACUAAUGCAUCAGUGACUGAAGGUGUAACAGAAGCUACAACUAAUGUAUCAGUGACUGAAGGUGUAACAGAAGUUACAACUAA